AUUGAUAACCGAGUCUUGGAAGAUGGACUCUGAUGUGUCAAAUAGCCUGCCUUGCUGUGAUCUGUUUAAUUAGUCUAUUUGCUUUGUAGGCUGCUUCCAUCGCAAAGCUUAAACUACCUUUUUGGUCGUGAGACAAUCGUAAAGAAUACGCUACUGAAUUUGACAGGGAUUGCGUUUGCAAGAUGCAAUGGAGGUCCACAUGGCAUAACAAGAAGAUUUUAAACUGAUUUUUUUAAACUGAUGCUCAAAGUAUUGUUCAAAUCAACUCACGGCUUUUUAUAGUUUGUUAUACGGAUAAUGGCGGCAGUUACGAGCCCGGAAUCGACACCUCAGCCCCGGGUCUAUUUUCAAACACCCCCCGGUACCGAAGAAGAAGUUCCACAGAAGCAAGGACGAGUAACCGUCAAAUAUGACAGAAAAGAACUGAGAAGGCGACUGAAUUUGGAGGAGUGGAUAGUUAGCCAGUUAAUGAAUUUAUAUGACUGCGAGGAAGAUGAAGUCCCUGAGCUGGAGAUUGAUGUGGAUGAACUGCUGGAUCUACCCAGUGAUGUAGAAAGAGCCAUCAGAGUGAAGAUGCUGCUUGUUGACUGUUACAAACCUAAUGAUGACUUUGUGGCUGCACUGUUGGAGAAGGUGAGAGGCAUGCAGAAGCUCAGCACCCCACAGAAAAAGGGGGACCUCACUCCCUGAACCCCACCAGCUCCCCCAGUGUCAGCCCUGUUACUCCAACCCUGAGGGGUGGAGGCGCGCACACAGACCAAACCACUACACCACAGUGUCUGUCAAACAGAGAUGAGUGAGGAGUUCAGCCAAGCCCAUCUCAGCUGCAGGUCAACCACCCCAAUGGUCUUACUUUGUUUCAGUACCGUUUCCUCAAUAUAUUAUUCAAGUAGAGUGUGGUAAUGUCUUUUUUUAGCUUAAAUGUACUGUAAGAGAGGAACUGGAAUGGUUGGUGUUAUUCAGUUUUCUAUACUUAACACCAAGUGCCAUAGGAAAUGGCUUGGUGGAUUUUUACUCAAGUAGAACCUUUUUUAAAAAAUUGUCCGUUUUUUCACUUAGUUUUUUUUUUUCUUGCAAGAACAAGUGAAACUUGUUUUAAAAUGGGCUAAUGCAGCUAUAGAGAUGAAGUGACAUUGUUUUAACUUUGAAGUGUCUUAGGUUAUAUUGUAUUUUGAUGUGAAAUGAAGAGGAAUGUAGGGGAAUUUGCAUCUUUGACCUGUUUUCAUUCAGUAGAUUUUUUUUUUUUAGGUUAGAACUGAACAGAUCUGUGUGCAUAGUGCUCUAGGUUUCAUAAUCUUCUCACUGAAAGAGGACAUUACUCAAAUCAAACCAGUCUAAACUGUAGCAAUACCCUGGGAGUGAACUUGCCAAUUUUUGUUACAUUCUUAGAAUUUUUUUUUUUUUUUUUUUUUAGCAAGUCUUAGUGUGUAGGCUGAAGGCCAAGAUGAAUUUUACUAAAGGUGAUGUAGGAGCCAGCGAUGAAUUGUGACACCAGUGUGAGGUAAAGGUCUAGCUCUAUAAUUAAUCAAGUUUCAACCGCCAGACAUUUUUUGUACAUAACUUUUAUUCAGCUCAACAACUCAAUCAUACAAUCCCUGUUUGGCUGGAAUGAAAUACUGUACUGUAUGCACUCUUACAACCAAGUGUGUCUAGUAAGGUUCUUAAGAAAAUAAAGAAUGGUGCUAAAUA